CUUUAACAACUUUUUACAAUUUUAGUGGUUUGAUGUGGGAUUCGAGGUCGAAACACGGAUUGUGAAUUGCGGAUUGCGAAUUACGGAUUGCGGAAUAAGAUAGAAGAUAUAAGAAUAGAUAAAUUGCUACAGGGGGUUACGAUACGAUACGAUACGAUACAAUACGAUUCGAUUCGAUAUUUGGUAUUGCCUUUCGAAAAGGAUAAUACUUACACUUGCGCGGGGUCCGGCUUUGAUUUUGUGGUUAUUGUAUUCAGAACGGGUUGUGUAGGUUGGAGGUAUUGGGGGUCAGUUAUUCACGAAAAUACACUACACUACACUACACGCCGUGAACGGUUAUCUGGACGAGGAAUUGCACCAAGGAUUGAAGAAUCAAAAUCAUGGCAACAACGGAAGAGUCACCGAGAUCGCAGAAGAGAGAUUUUGCGGAAUCUUUUGGUUUAAUUGAACCUUUUCAUGUUGAUGAGAAUGAGCGAGCUCAUCUUGAAAAUCCAAACACGCAAGCAGAACCCGACAUUCCCCUUCCAUCCAAAGAAACCGCAGAUAAAUCCGAAUCAAAAACUACAUCCGAAUCUCUGCCCACACCACCUGUUAGCAUACAAUUGAUCAAGCGCGAACGGGAAAGAGAAGUCUCGCCUGCUAGUAGUACGGCUAGUUCUUUGAGUGAUUUGGGAUCGAGGAGUACACCUAGUUUGAGAGGCGUUUCUCCAAUGCUUGGCACGGCUUUUGCGGCUUUGAAUGGAAAUGGAGAUGCGGGUAAGAUGCCUCCGGCUAAGAAACGAGGUUGAUUGAAGUUUGGGGAGAGAAAAAGGAUAAGCAGGUUGAGAUAGAGAGAAGGAAAAGAGGAAGAAGAGAAGAGAAAAAGGAAGGCUGCGAAGGAGGAAAAGAAGAGAUUGAAGGAUGAGGAGAAACGUAAAAGGAUGAAGAGAAACAGAGAAUCGGCGGCAAGUCAAAGAUCUCUAUUUCCUCUUCGACAAAGCUUCAAAGAUGAAGUCUCAACAAGUCCUGCCUCAUCAAGCCUUACCAUGGCUGUACCUCCCACAACAUCCGCACAUUCGACUCCAAGUAAGAAGGAGAUUUCACCAUAUGAAAAAAUGUUUCCAGCUUUCUUCGUUCAAAAUGGCGUUAGGUUGGCACCGAUUAAUCACUUUGAAAGAGAUGAUGAAGGAUCACAAGCCUUACAAUCUAUAAUUGAUUCAUACAUUUCGGGUAAUCAAAGUCCUGGAAGAAACCGAGAUUUUGAUGCUAUGGAACUAUUUCAUCUCUCAUCGAGCAACUCAAUAAAGCGAGGAAAAUCAAUUGUUGCUGUACGAGAAAUUAUGGCGGAAUUAUCUGGCAAUCCUUCAAAACCUAUCGACCUCACAACUGACUCUCAAAACUCUCAUAUUAAACGCACAACAGCUCAGCUUAAGGAUGUUCCGAUGAAGUUUUUGAAGUUUCAGGAAGAUGUUAGACCUCCAUAUCAAGGUACAUACACACAUACUCCUAUGUACGGAAUAUCAAAAUUAGCACGCAAUCCCAUGAGACGCGAUCUUCCGAAUACAAAUUACGAUUAUGAUAGUGAAGCGGAAUGGAUUGAAGAUGAAGAUGCGGAGGAUUUGAAUAGUGAAGGAGAGGAGGAUGAAGAGGGUCUUGAUGAUGCUGAGGAUAUGGAUGGAUUUCUUGAUGAUGAGAAUGAUGACUUGUUGAAUUCGAGACGUGCACUGGGAGGAAUGCAGGGUGAUUUAGAACCAGUUAGUACAGGGUUGUGUUGGGAGGAUAGGAAGAAGAGGAGUACAAAUGUUAAGAUGAUGCCAUUUAGGAUGGAGUUUAUUAUUGGUAAGUUUGUUGUUUCUUGAAUUCUCACUGUUCUUCUUUUGGAGGUCUAAGGAAAUAAGCUAACAUAGAACUAGACCCGAAAACCAAAUCUAUGGAUCCCUUCUCAACACAAUACUGGGAACCAAUCGCACCAUCCUCCCAAACUGGAACAAUGGAUCCUCCCCGUCUCCCACUAAACUCCAUGAAAUCAACCAACGCUCUUCAAACAUCCCCCUCUGCCUCAACCUCUAAAUCCAGCAACAAAAUCUCAAAUCAUAAAACCGUUCCACUUUCAUUCUUUGGCUCUUCUUCUUCUCCUUCUCCUUCCAUAUCUUCAUCUCUUCCUUUACAUCCAGCCACAGGGGAUAACAAACCUAAGAAAUUCCUACCCGAUUCCGAUCUCCCUGCAUUCAAAGAAGCUAUUCAAGGAAGCGAUUUGAGUAAAGUGGGAUUGGUAGAAGUACUGAAGAAAAAGUUCCCGGGUAGGACUGCAGGCGCGAUUAAGGCGACGUUGGAUUUGGUGGCGAAGAGAGUGGGUGGAAAGGAAUCCGAGAAGAGAUGGGUGUUGGUUUGAGGGUGGGGCUAAGUAAGUAGGGUGUCUUUGCUAGGUGUCUGUAGAUAGAUGUGGCUACUCUGUCUUCAUUACUUACCUUAUCUUAUCGUAAGAAUAGAUAGAUUAUGAGGAAAGGAAAUUUGGAGCUGAGGGUACGGGGUGUUUUGGUGUGGGCUUAAAAUAGAUGGCUAAGUGCUGGCUGGUAUUUGUUAUAUUGUGUUUUGGGACUGAAUGGCUGGCUGGAUGGCUGGAUGGAUUGGUUGGAUUGACUGGUAUGAUGGGGAUAAAUAAAUGAUGUAUGUGAUGGAUGGAUGGAUGGGCUUUAAUAUUAUUAUAUUGGCUUGUUGAUGCUGUAUAUAUAUUUACAUUUAAAUUGCAUUAUAUUAUAUUGUGAGAGAGUUGGAAUUAUAAGCCAGAUACA